AUGGCAUUUUCUAAUAAACCUGAUCAACAAUUUUACGUAUAAUCGGAUAUAAUACAUUAACUAGCUAAAAUUUUUCAUUAAAAACUCGUGAUCCUUUGCACCUGUAUUUUGGCGCGCAUUCUCCAGCCGUACGUAUAUCUCUUCGAUUAUAAAUUUAGCAGAUUUUCUUAUGUAUUAUCAAAAACUUACUCAAGUUUUUAUUUUUGAUUUAGUUUAAAGCUAUAAUUAAAAAAAUUAAUUUUGAAUAUUUUAAAUAUAAAAGAUCUAUACAGUACAAAGAAAAAAAUAUUUACAAGUUCAAUUAGAUAAUUCAAGUUUAAUACAAAAAAAGUAAAAUGAAGCAAAUGUAAAGUAUUCAGAAUAAGUUUAUUAAUCUAGGGAAUUUUUCAAUGUUAAUGCAUCAGCCUGAUGUUAAAAUAUUUUUUCUGUAGCUAAAUUCCGUACAUUUGGUAGCAGACGCAGCCUUUUCUAGGGUGGCCUAUAUGCAACGAGGAGUUUGUAAAUUUCGUCAUUAUAAAAUAUAAAUUUCUCUAUUAAGAUGACCAUGAUUUCAAAAGCUGCAGUGGGUAUUGCUGUUGGCAUAGCUGGAAUAUUUGUUGGAUAUUGCUUUUAUUUUGAUCAGAAGCGUCGUAGCGAUCCAGAUUUCAAAAAGAAAUUGCGUGAACGUCCAACUAGGAGAAGAAAUGCUUACGUGUGGUGAUAUAGAAGGAGGAAUUGAACAUUUAGGAAAUGCGGUUGCAGUUUGUGGACAACCUGCACAAUUGUUACAAGUUCUUCAAAAGACACUGCCACCACAAAUUUUUCACCUUUUAUUACAGCGAUUACAACCUAUUAGCCAGGUAUGUAACUAAAUGUAAUUUUUAAUAGGGAAAAUGAAAGGAGAAAAUGUGGUUUUUCACUUAUUGUUACAGAAACUAUCAAGUCAAAUUGCAAUGGCUGAGGAAGAUGUUGAAUAA